AUCAACCCACGCUCACGCAUGACUGAUUGAUCCUUUUUCCUGCCAAAACUAUUUUUCCGGUGAAGCAAACGGGCGAAGUGGAAGAAAAUCUGACGACCGAUACAAAUUCUGUUUAUUUCUUACAUAUGUGGAGCUGAUUGCGUAUUGGGUGGAGCAGCACAUGUCAUGCUCGACCUCUUUCAAAUCGCACUCAUCACAUUGCUCCUUGAAUAACCCCUCCUCUGUCUCCAAUUUCGUCUCACUCUUGAGUCAAAAGUAACGAAAGAAAAGCCAUGCCAUAGAAUGCGUUAUCUACAGUAGCUAAACUGUGUUAAUCUUUUUCGUUUUCCGUUGUAAAAUUCUAUUGUUAUCUCAACAAACAAGGCUGCUGAAUCCAUUUCUUUCUUAUUUUGCCAUUUAUUUUGUAAUUUUUUUUUUCUCAAAAAAAGUUGAAUUAGGUAGAUGAUAGCUAUACAAUACUAUACCAGUUCCAAAAACUAAGUGCUCGACUGAAGCUCUAGUUUUGUGAGUUUACCAAUCUGGGCACCUGAAAUUUCCUUAAUAUCGAAGGGAAUCUUGAUGGGUUUUUCUUUACUUAGCUGCAAAUGAUUGUUUAUUCUCGAUUCAGUGGAAAAUUUGUAUAGAUCUUAUCGUCUGAUUGACGGUAGUCAACUAUUUCAUUUUUUUUUUUUAUAAUUCAAUUUUUGUAGUCAAUUGGUGGGUUCUUUUUUGGGUUUCCCAUCUUUUCCUAUGUAAUGGUGUUCUCUUCUCUACUUGAUUUAAUCCUGUCUUAAAGAGACCACUGGAGUCUUUGGGAGAUGGCUCUGGCUCGGUUUGGUCGCCAAGCGAAACGCCCAUAUGGGGUGUGCGUGAAGAUGACGGCGGUGGCGGUCUUGGGAAUGUGUUUUAUAUUCGUUUGGUCUAUGUUCUCGGCUUCUCCUUCUGCCGUGACCUCUCAAAGGAGUAGCUUCGGCGACGUCAAUGAGCCCGUCCCCGGUAGCACAGGGGUGGGCAGUUCACGGACUGGGUUGAAGAAGAACGAACCUGAAAAAACUGAAUUGAGUGGAGGAAGCAACAAGGUGAAAUUUGAAUCUGAUUUGGAAGAGAAAGAUGAGAAAAAGCUUGAUGGGUCUGUGACUUUGGCAGCCAAUGGGAACAACUCUACAAAUAUUGAUAAAAAGGAAGAAGCCAAUGAGGGAAAAGAGGGGAUAGAUAAAGAGAAUCAUGGAUCAGAGGGAUCUGAGAAUAAGGAGUCCGAGAAAGAAAAUGAAGAAGGAGAAGUGGGAGGAGAUGAUAAAGAAGAAGCAGUAGAUCGUGAGGGUGAAGCUAAUGAGGAUGUGGACGCAGAUGGUGAUUGGGCUGUUACAGUGGAGGAGGAACCUGUGGGGAAGGUGGAAGAGGAGAGUGGUGGGUCGAAGAGUACAGGGAAGAAGAAAAAGAGAAAUGGUCCAUUGUUUGAUUUAAAGGCACAAUAUACCUGGAAAUUAUGUAGCACAAGAAGCAAGCACAAUUACAUUCCUUGUAUUGACAAUGAAAGUGGCACUGGAAGACUGCAGAGCUAUCGGCAUAGAGAGAGAAGUUGCCCAAGAACGCCUCCAAUGUGUCUCAUUCCUCUUCCAGCUAAGGGGUAUUCUUCUCCAGUACCUUGGCCAGAGAGCAAAUUGAAGGUACUGUAUAAAAAUGUGGCCCAUCCCAAGCUUGCUGCAUUUAUUAAAACACAUAGUUGGGUGGUGGAGUCUGGAGAAUAUCUUAUGUUUCCCCAGAACCAGUCUGAAUUCAAGGGUGGAGUUUUUCACUACCUUGAAUCUCUUGAGGAGAUGGUACCAGACAUUGAAUGGGGAAAAAAUAUUCGUGUUGUACUGGAUAUUGGCUGUACAGAUGUGAGCUUUGGGGCAUUUCUUCUUGAUAAGGAGGUAUUAACACUAUCACUAGGUUUGAAGGAUGAUCUAGUGGACCUAGCACAGGUUGCUCUUGAACGUGGUUUUCCUGCAGUAGUUAGCCCUUUUGGAACUCGAAGACUUCCUUUUCCCAGUGGUGUUUUUGAUGCCAUUCACUGUGGUGGAUGCAACAUAGCUUGGCAUUCUAAUGGGGGUAAACUUCUUUUGGAGAUGAAUAGGAUUUUGAGGCCUGGUGGAUAUUUUAUUUUAUCAAGUAAACAUGACAACAUUGAAGAUGAAGAAGAAAUGACCUCAUUGACAGCUUCAAUCUGUUGGAAUGUCCUGGCUCAUAAAACUGAUGAAAUCAGUGAAGUAGGUGUUAAAAUAUAUCAGAAGCCAGAAUCAAAUGAUAUAUAUGAGUUGAGAAGGAAGAAAAAUCCUCCGAUAUGCAAGGAAGAUGAGAAACCAGAUGCAGCCUGGUAUGUCCCAAUGAAGACUUGCUUGCAUACCAUCCCAGCAGCUAUUGAAGAACGUGGGACAGAGUGGCCUGAGGAAUGGCCAAAGAGGCUUGAUACUUUUCCUGACUGGCUGGAGAAUAGAGAUAAGUUGAUUGCAGACACUGAGCACUGGAAAGCUAUUGUCAGCAAGUCCUACCUCACAGGAAUGGGAAUUGACUGGUCAAAUGUGCAUAAUAUACUGGACAUGAAAUCCAUCUAUGGAGGAUUUGCUGCAGCUCUUUCUGAUCAGAAGGUCUGGGUGAUGAAUGUUGUCCCAGUCCAUGCACCAGAUACUCUUCCAAUCAUUUAUGAACGUGGGCUUGUUGGAAUCUACCAUGAUUGGUGCGAGUCCUUUGGUACAUAUCCCAGAUCAUAUGAUCUUCUGCAUGCAGAUCAUAUGUUCUCACGGCUUAAAAACAGGUGUAAGCAGCCAGUAGCAAUCGUGGUUGAGAUGGAUCGAAUAUUACGGCCUGGAGGUUGGGCAAUUAUAAGAGAUAAGGUGGAGAUACUUGAUCCCCUGGAAGGAAUUUUGAGAAGUAUGCACUGGGAAAUCCGAAUGACUUUCGCACAGGAUAAGGAGGGUAUCAUGUGUGCCCAAAAAACCUUGUGGCGACCAUAAAAUAUUUGUAGAUGCAGACAGUGUUGUUAUAUAAGGAUAAUGAGUAAUGACCCCCUACUUUCACGAGGUCAUGCUGUUGCUUUCACUUACUAAACCAGAGGCCCUUGCAGGAGAUUCAAGAACACUGAUUUUUGUGAGGAAGUAUAUGACCAUGUAUUCUUGAUUGUUAACAUUUAACACGAAUGCUUGUCAAAUUUUGAGUCUAAACAUUCCCUUUUAAAGGUUGUGUGAAUGUUUCCAUCUUCUUGUUAUGAUGAUAAUAUGGUUUAUAGCAAUUCUGCUUUGUAAAUGGUAUUCAAUA